AUGUCUGCUAUAUCCUUGACUGCUUCGUUCUCACGCCCAACCGGGUACGCAGCAGCAGGAGAUACAAUCCCAUUUUUACAAGAUGACACAUACCACCUCUUUCAAUUAUCGUCGCCACCGGACACACUUUACCACCCUCCACGUGUUCGAUGUACCUGGACAAGACAGCGGUCUCAGGAUCUGAUUCAGUGGAAGAGGGACGAGAUGCCUGUCAUCUCUCCCGGUCAGGCCAAGACCGACUUUGAUAGCGAUGGCUCUUGGACAGGCUCUGCAGUUCUAGGACCGGAUGGCCAUAUGCAUAUCUUUUACACAGGAUACAACCUUCUAGAAAAUGGUAAACAGGUUAUCUUGCACGCCAAAUCGACCGAUCGCCAAGGCACCCAGUUCACGAAACCGGAAGCUCCUAUCUGCAUCGAAUCUGGCAGCUUGGAACAGUACGAAGCAACAGAUUUCCGAGAUCCCUACGUCUUCUUCCACGAGCCCGAGAGUCAAUACUGGAUGUUGGUUGCCACACGGCUCGCGAAAGGGCCCUAUUGGACUCGAGGAUGCGUUGCGCUCCUGACGUCUAAGGACUUGAAAGCAUGGACUGUUGCAUCUCAGCCAUUGCAUUCGCCAAACAAUAUUUUUUGCCCUGAAUGUCCCGAGCUUUUUACUCUCGGAAAUGGAAAAUGGUACCUUCUUUACUCACGCUUCUCGGCUCCACACCCCGGAACUUUGUAUAUGAUUGCAGACAAUCCGCGAGGCCCUUUUCACCUUCCUCGCGAUUGCUCUGGGGGUGUCAUCGAUGGUCGCCGGUGGUAUGCUGCCAAGUCUUGUGCUCGAGCGGGGGACCCAUCUAAAAGAAUCGCUUUCGGUUGGGUGCACGAUUACGUUGAAGCCGAUUCAAAAUGGCUUUGGGGAGGUAGUACGACUCAGCCUCGAGAAUACUCUGCUCGUAUGGACGGAACCUUGCAAUGCAGUGUGCUACCAGAGAUCGAGAAGCGUCUACAAGAAGCAGGCACAAUGUUUAAUGACCAUUCGAAACAAUUGAUUCUCAAUGGACCGGGCACAACAGUCGCAAAAGCUGUAUCAACUCCGCAGUGCGACUUUUACUUGACUUUCGCUCUGCCGAAAGCUGAAGCUAAUUCAUUCGGGCUCAUGUUGGAUUACGACGACGACAUGCGCGGCUAUCGCAUCUCUUUCCAGCAUGUAGCAUCCCAAUACUAUUCAGUGACACUAGUGUGCGACAUGCCACCCUUUGAUGACUUUUGGGCUGACCUCACCAGUCACUCUAUACCAAAAUUAGUGGAUGGCCCAGAAUUAGUUCGGCAUGGCGCUGUCCGUCUAGAUCAACCAAUGACUUUGAUUCGAAGCGGAGAUAUCAUAGAGUUCUUCGUCGGGGGCAAAGUCAUUACUUAUCGCCUACCGCAACGAAGUAAAACUUCUGCCAAGAUGAAGAACUCGGUAGGCCUUUUUGUGGAAGAUGGCGAGAUUGAAUUUAAUCUUCUGCGAUGUGUGCCUGUUCGCUACUUAUAG